CCUGUGGAUCAUAUUAUCCAUGACUACUGUUUGAUUUUUUUCUGUCUGGACCAAAGAUGCGACCCAUCCACUAGAAACAGUGAACCUUGGUGAGCAUGUAUCUAGGGCUGACUUGGACUAGCCAAACUACUUAUUUCGUAGGCUUCCGGCGCCAUGUCCGUCCUAGGGAAAUCCACUUGAUGCGUUUCUUCUUGAACCUCUGUGACACUCGGUGAAUAGGUUUGUUUAAAUUCUUUUUGAUUAUUUUUAAUUACAAUGGAAAAACACGUGAGCAAUAGACGCUGCCUGCAAAGCCGGCGCUCUCGAAUCCUCUUGGCUGUCUUUGUUUUUAUUGCUAUCCUGGCUGUCGUGAUCCCUCCGGCGGUUGUGGUGACGCUGCACAAGAAGAACGACAUGGGGCCUAAAUCCAAGGUCUUUGUGCCUCUCUAUGUGUACCCUGCACCCGGAGCCUGGACUCCGCUUGAAGAUGUGAUCUCCAAACACCCAGACGUGAACUUCACCGUUGUGAUCAAUCCAGGGAGCGGACCAGGACCCGACGCCCUGCCUGAUGCCAACUACACGCGCGAGAUCCCCAAGCUGGGCUCAUACGAAAAUGUGCGGCUGCUAGGCUAUGUGGCGACAACCUAUGCGACGCGCAAUAUCUCGCUGGUGCGCAGGGACAUCGAGACGUAUGCGGCGUGGCCAACGAACUCUUCCAACCCGGCUCUAGCUGUUCGCGGGAUCUUUUUCGACGAGACCCCUCAGCAGUAUGAUGAGGAUGCCUUGGCGUAUCUGCAGGAGUUGACCGAUGUUGUGAAAAAUACCCCUGGUUUGGGGCCGGAUCAUUACGUGGUUCACAAUCCCGGCGCAAUCCCUGACUCUCGCUACCUGUCGACAGCAGACUCGACCGUCGUGUUCGAAGCAACGUACGACACCUUUCAGGAACGCCAUGGGGCCAACCUGUUCGAGGCGAUCCCGGAGAGCAACCGCAGCCAGCUCUGUGCGGUGAUCCACUCGGUCCCAGAAAGCGUCGAAGGGUCUGCGCUCCGGGGGUUGGUGAAGCAGGUUCGCAAGGUUGCAGACGAGAUCUUCAUCACCCACUUGAACACGGAUUACUAUGCUAGCUUUGGGCGGCAGUGGCCUGAGUUUGUGGAUUUGAUGGGAAAAUAGGCGGGUUACUAACUACCCUGUCGCUUCAUGCACUUGGACGACAUGAUGACAUGAUUAUGAUAGAUGAUGAUAUUCCAUGUUGUUGGGAGAGGUAUAGUACAGGUACAUAGUUGACCUUACGUAACGUAACUACUAGGCUGUAUUUGAAGCUGUAAAUUUCUUUUCAGCACUACUUACAAUACUUACCAAAUUAUGGUUAAA